AACGACGGUAACUUUAACUCCAAUGUUUUGUUUUUUUGGAGCGGAAUCCAAGAUGGCGGAUGCCGAAGAUCCAAAACCAGCAACCUGCACGUUUCUUUUUAAGAAAUCAAACAAGAAAUUCUCUGCUCGGAAAAGAAAAGCCAGUGACAGCGACAAAGACAGAAGCAGCGAUGAGGAGAAAAACGCCGUGGUGAAGAGAGAGAAGAAAGCAGGUUCUCACAACAACCCCAUGAUACAGCGGACCAAGAAGGUGGAAAGGGAAGCGGUUUCGUCCAGCGACAGCGAUGAAGAAAGAGAAUCCAAGAAGAUUACAGUGUCUUAUAAAUCCAGUCGCUCAGCCAAACCCGAGGGACCAGACGACAUGGGAGCCACCGCAGUGUACGCGCUGGACACCGAGAGAGAUAACGACGCUCAGGCCAUCUUCGAGCGCAGCCAGAAAAUUCAGGAGGAGCUGGAGGGUAAAGAGGAUGAUAAAAUCUACCGCGGCAUCAACAACUAUCAAAAGUUCAUUAAGCCUAAGGACACCACUAUGGGUAACGCCUCAUCCGGCAUGGUCAGGAAAGGGCCAAUCAGAGCUCCUGAGCACCUGAGGGCUACAGUGAGGUGGGACUACCAGCCUGACAUAUGCAAAGAUUACAAGGAGACGGGUUUCUGUGGAUUCGGAGACAGCUGCAAGUUCUUGCACGACCGAUCUGAUUACAAACACGGCUGGCAGAUCGAGAGAGAGCUGGAGGAAGGACGAUACGGUGCUAACGACGAAGAAAACUACGAGGUGAGCAGCGACGACGAGGAUCUGCCUUUCAAGUGCUUCAUCUGCAGAGAGUCGUUCAAGAACCCGAUUAUAACAAAGUGUAGACAUUAUUUCUGCGAGGCCUGCGCGCUGCAGCACUACCGCAAGUCCAAGCGCUGCUACGUGUGCAACCAACAGACCAACGGAGUCUUCAACCCAGCCAAAGAGUUGAUGGUGAAGAUGCAGAAACGUCAGGCCGAAGCAGACCAGCCACCUUCAGAAGAGGAAGACUAGCGUCUCUCGUCUCGUCUCGUUUUCCCCAGUGUUUGUAAAUUAAUUGUCAAAAAUAAACUCGUUUUUUUCCCCUUCA